AUGAAGUUAGUGUGUGUAUUAGCAGUGGGAGUGUUGCCUGCAUUAAGGACAGCGGCGCAGCAGACGGCGGGGACCGAGUCAGCGGGAACCCAGCAGAAGACGACAAACCACCGGCUUUCAGCUGCUGCGCUCUAUCACAGGCUCCGCGUCCCGGUUUCGCGCAGUGGAGGCCACGCUCUGCCAUCCUAUUUUCCGUAUCAAGAAUACGCUCGCGCGAAGCAGGAAGAAGCAGCGAAAGACGCGAAACCAGAGCAAACGCUGCCUCCGCCUUGCCGUCCGGCUGCAUCGAAAGCAGCCAAAUCAUACGUUCCUGUCGGGGAACCGGCUGACAUGAAGGCUGUCAGUCUCAUACCUCCCCCUUCAGCCGUCCCAGUGAAAGAGUCUCCAAAAAUGCCAAACGUCCGUGCCCUUCGCGAGGUGAUGGGAGGAUUCCUAGAAAAAAGAGCUGUGCCAGUAUCUCUGCAUCACUGA